GUUUGUUGUCAACCGUCGGAGACUGUACAGAAAUUUUAGUAUACUCCUAAAAUUUAAAAAAACAAAAAACCUAAAUCCAUGAAAACCAAUAUUAGUAUCUGGUAAAUUAGUCUUCUGUGAUCAUGAAGGCGAUUAUAAAUUGUCUGUUAAUCUUUUUUAUUGUCUUGUCUAUAUCGUCUAAGGGUUACUCAAGAUCGCUAGCUGGCAAAUUGGAUGCUCAGAAUGACACUGCUAUUGCAAAGAAGUUAAAUGUAACUGCAACCGAUGUGAAGGUAAACAGUACUGAGCUCAUGACUCUGGAAAAGUUGGAGCAACCAGAAAAUCCUGUAGUCAAUACCGUUAUAAAGCAUAUUAAACGUGACAAAAGAGAGCUGCUUGUUACGAUGCCCUUUGACCAGCAUACCAUGCAUUUGCCCUGCGACCUCGAUCAACGUGGAAGACAUAAGAUUAUUCCCUUAAUGCCCAACCAUUGCAUUUGGGUGUGGAACAACAAAUUCUCACAUGUGGGAUUCUACAGAGUGUUCAAGAUCUAUCAGUUGGAGGGAUUCUUUUUCGGGCAGUACUACGAGCGUUUGAAGCGCUACGAAAUCGACCCCCACACUUGGGGAUAUGGCUAAUGUGACAUAACUUAAUUACCAAGGAGCAAAUAAAUUUUUAA